UUAACACCUAAGCCACAUGAUAUGUUGGAGCUGUGACAGCAUAGGUCAUUGGAAAGCUCUGUGAAUAAACAGUCGAGUUAUACACUUCAUUGGGUCAUGGACUCUACAAGGUGUCAAGUUCUACAGGGAUUCUGACCCAUGUUGAGUCCAAUGCUUCCCACAGUUGUCAGGAUGUCCGUUGGUCCACCACCCAUUCUUAAUACACACAGGAAACUUGGGAUUACGGUAUGUAACUCUGGUUCUUUGAAGGAGAUGAGGGAGACCUCUCACUAUGGGACACGCCUUUACGGGUCAUUGGUUGAAGCCUUAUUCAAUCACACCAAUCAGAGCUUUGUGGGUGUAUGCCCUGUGUGUCUAUAUCACCCUGCACUACUCUGGUUUCCUCAUUCUAAGAACUACCUCUUACACAAGUCAGAGAACAUAAUAUUCAGUGCCCCUUAUGUGGCAAUUUCUCUAGCGGAAUGUUCUCGGAGACUGCAAUCCCCAGCUGUACGCCUUGGCGAUAGCCUCCAAUGGGAGAGGUGUUUGGACAAAGCAGGGUUGGCAAAGCAAACAGUUGGUCAUAGUUUCAGAAUGGCCUAGUCCUGUCCAUGUAGAGGCGCUGGGCGCGGCACUGGACACAAUGUGUUAAGGUGCCGCUGCUCUGGAGAAGAGCACAGUGGAAGGUGGAAGAGGUCAGUGGCUUGAAUGACAUUUAGAAAUUAACGCAACGUUAGGACGUAUCAUAACCUUGAAGUAGUUGAGGGGGGUUCGUGAAGGUCGCUAGCGGGCUUGGCCAAGGCGAGAAACGGGGCUGACGUAUGUCACCGUUGGCUUAUUGUCUGACCUGACAAGGACAUGUUGGCCCUGUAGGAAUAGACAAAAGUGCCUGAGGGAUAAUGACAGUUUAGAGCUAGAACAUGGAUAUGGGCUGUACGCAGUCUGACCAUAUGCCGUUCACUGUAUGCCCUUCGUGGACUGCCCUCCCCCUCCCAUCCCUAUAGUGAUGCAUCUAUUUGUCACUACUUUGCAUGUGAAGACUGUCCCAGUAGGAUUGAAGUGUCGAUAGACACUUUGCUGAGAGAAGCACGUACCUGUGGAUAGACUAGUUCAAGCAGAGUGAGGUCACCCACAGCUGGAUAGCUGAGUUAAGGAGACCAAGCAGAACCACUACAAUCAUGGAGCCCAGGAAGCUUCAGACACAUCUAGUAUGUGGCUGAUGUUGCCGUGCGAAACAGGCAAUGGUGAAAAUGUCACUCCAUGGUGAGGGCUGGGGAGGCUGGCUACUAUGGUCGUUGAGGUCAGAGGAGUUCUGCCAGCUUAUCAAGGCCCUGUGCCUUGCGCUAGGUGUGCUGAUUCUUCCCAACAGAUGGCGCCAAGGGGGUAUCCACUGCUAAUUGCUUGGAGUGAUGCCCUGAGGCACUGCGUUGCUGGUGAGCGGACUGUCUGUCCCAGGAUCGGAGCUGCAGGAGAAGGCUGAGACUUCUUGGGGAUCCUCCAGUUCUGUGAGGGAGGACUCCUAGUGAUGACCUGGGUGAAUGUGGGCUUCUGGGGAUUCAGGGCUUGCUUCUGGGGAUUCAGGGCUUGCUUCUGGGGAUUCAGGGCUUGCUUCUGGGGAUUCAGGGCUUGCUUCUGGGGAUUCAGGGCUUGCUUCUGGGGAUUCAGAGCUUGCUUCUGUGGUAAGCGCCUCACUCUCCUUUUCUUAGAAUUUAACCUGGUCUGGUUGGAUCGAUCUGUCCAUUCAGGUAGGGCAGCGCAUUUGAUUGCCUUUGAAGAAAGGUCAGUUAUUGACUCCUGCCCUACCUCUUCAGUCUGGCUGGGUAGCACAAACUGAGCAGAGGAGAAAUUAUUCUGUGGUGUAAUCCAUCUGCUGGUCAAAGGGUGCUGCCUAAUGUGGCAAGAGACAUGCCGUCGUCCUCACAUCCGGAUUCGUCGGCAUUAAUGUCCACCCCCUGGUAAAAGUGGGGAAUUCUCCGAAUCAGCCUGAAGCGCAGACUGAGGGGAUGCCUAAAGUAGCUUCUCCCUCUGGGACUUCGUUGUCAACUGAGUUGUCCUCGCGCAGGUAUGAGGCCUGGGCAAUACUUUCCAUGUACUUCAUGUCUAAGGAGACGAGUCCAGCUGAGCGCGAUGCACACAACUAGCGGGGGUCGAUGGGAGCCUCCAUAGCGUCCCGGACGUGUAAUGCCUGCAGUUGCCAGGGUGAGCGUUGCUAGGCUUUUGCUGCUUUUUCUCCCCUUUCCCUGACGACUUGGCCGGUAAGCCUGUUGGACAUUGCAUUUCGACAGGACGGACAAAAGCACAUGGAAUUACCGGGGGGCUAGCUAGCCACUCCACGCGCUGCUCCUACAAUGGGAAUUUGGGAGAGACACUGGGUAAUGUGAGUUUGAGCCAGGUACGACUCCAAGUUCAGAGUGUGGACAGACCUCUGUACCGCGGCACAUAUCAUUGCUUCCAGUCUAUCGUAAGGCAAGAGUCGAUGACUGGUCUGUACAAAGGCAUUGGCUCCCCCAUGAUGGGUCUGACCUUCAUCAACGCCAUCGUGUUCGGUGUCCAGGGCAACGCCAUGCGCAGGCUGGGCCACGACACGCCGCUCAACCAGUUCCUGGCCGGGGCGUCGGCGGGCGCGUUGCAGAGCGUCAUUUGCUGCCCCAUGGAGCUGGCCAAGACGCGCAUGCAGCUGCAGGGGUUGGGUGAGAGGAAGUCCAAGCAGAAGCUGUACAAGAACUCUCUGGACUGCCUGGUGCGCAUCUACCGGAAGGAGGGCUUCCGCGGUAUCAACCGGGGUAUGGUGACCACGCUAGUCCGUGAGACACCGGGUUUCGGGAUCUACUUCCUGACCUAUGAUGUACUGACGCGCUCUCUGGGCUGCGAACCCGAUGACCCCUACAUGAUCCUCAAGUUGCUGUUUGCCGGAGGCAUGUCGGGCAUCACCUCGUGGAUCUCCACCUACCCUGUUGACGUCAUAAAGUCCCGGCUCCAGGCGGACGGCGUGGGCGGCCACAACAAGUACAAUGGCAUCGCUGACUGUGUGCGUCAGAGCCUGAAGAGGGAGGGCUGGCGGGUGUUCACGCGCGGCCUCACCUCCACGCUGCUCCGGGCGUUCCCCGUCAACGCCACAACCUUCGCCACCGUGACUCUGUUCCUCAUGUACAUGCGAGACGAUGAGGGCGCCGUCAAUGACUGCGAGCCCCAGCCUGCCCACUCCUCUCUCGCUGUGAGCCCACAGCAGGGCCAGCCCUCAAGCUUGUGAAUGGGAGAAGGUGGUGUUUCUGCUCUGGUGACCCUUAUUGGGUUGGAAGUGGUCCCACAAUGCACCAGCUAAUAAGCUGAUGUGACUUGACCGCUCAACGUCAGCUUCACGAAGGCUAUUUUUACAAGAUGUAUGUAUGUUCCGAUGGUAAACCGCGCUUGUAAAUACUUGUCCCAUUUUGACCCCUGGUUUUUACAGAGUACACUUUUUUUAUUAUAUAUAAUUUAGUCUUUUUGAGAAGUAAUUGGGGAAAGAAACUAGCAGUGAAAAAGCACAUGUCUGACCUAGUCAUCCCUUGUGCAUGAACAGUAGGGCAAACACGUAUUUAGUCAGCCACCAAUUGUGCAAGUUCUCCCACUUAAAAAAGAUGAGAGAGGCCUGUAAUUUUCAUCAUAGGUACACUUCAACUAUGAGAGACAAAAUGAGAAAUUCAGAAAAUCACAUUGUAGGAUUUGAAUUUAUUUGCAUGAAUUUAUUUGCAAAUUAUGGUGGAAAAUAAGUACAGUUUAUCUCAAUUUGUUAUAUGCCCUUUGUUGGCAAUGACAGAGUUCAAAUGUUUUCUGUAAGUCUUCAAGGUUUUCACACACUGUUGCUGGUAUUUUGGCCCAUUCCUCCAUGCAGAUCUCCUCUAGAGCAGUGUUUUGGGACUGUUGCUGGGCAAACAGACUUUCAACUCCCUCCAAAGAUUUUCUAUGGGGUUGAGAUCUGGAGACUGGCUAGGCCACUCCAGGACCUUGAAAUGCUUCUUACGAAGCCACUCCUUCGUUGCCCGGGCGGUGUGUUUGGGAUCAUUGUUAUACAUUAAAGACCCAGCCACGUUUUAUCUUCAAUGCCCUUGCUGAUGGUAGGCUUUGUCACUUUGGUCCCAGCUCUCUGCAGGUCACCUACCACUGCUUAUCCAGAAAGGAAGCCAUUUCAUUGGUUCAAAUCAAUGAUUCUGCCGGCUAGGACCAUAAACAUUUUUUUUUUUUUAAAUCUCCCCUGUUGGAAUGCCACUGGAUAUUUCGGAGUCUGGUGUGAGGUCUGCAUUACCUGGUUCCUUUUUAAAUUACUCUUGGCUGAAUUUACACAGGUAGCCCAAUUCUGAUCUUUUGCCCAAUUGUUGGUGAAAGAGCUGAUCUGUUUGUUCAAAAUACCAGUUGUUGCCAAAUAGAUCAGAAUUGGGCUGCCUGGGUAUAAGCAGCCUUCAUUCUUCUAAAUAAUCCUAAAGUUAAACAGUCAUGAUUUUCAACUCCGUCUCGUCUCAGACCUUGUAAAGGUGACACAUUAUUUCUCAUUUUACUGAAAGAUUCAGCAUUAACUGAAAUAUUUGCUCAUGUGUGCUGAAAUGACUGCAUGAAAUGUCAUGAGCGAAGUGCAGAGCAAAAAUGAUAAUAGUUUUGAUUUAAAACAUGUUUUGUUAGUACAAUAGAAUUGUACUUUGAGGCGGCAUAGUCCCUAGCAGUAUAAAUCUACAGCCUGAUUGUUACAUUUUGGGCAAGUGGUACAAUUGCAAGUGGUACAAUUUUUACAAACCAACAUGAUAUUGACUAUACAUCUCAUGAUUUUUAUUUUUUAUAAAUUAUUCUACAAGUAUGUGUAAAGUAAUCUCUUAAAUAUUGCGUCUUUUCACGUACAGACCUUGACUUUAAUUGCAACCUUGUGGUUCACAAGAACGUGUUACUUAACUAGUUUCUCUAUGAUGGACGACAUUGCUUGUACAGAGACGUGUUACAAAUGAUGUAUUUAUACUGUGAAUUUGGGUCCGUGCUUUCGCUCCCUUGUCUUGUUUCUUUUAUAGCACCUAGACAUUCGAGGGCAACUCGACUAAAUGGAAUGCUGCUUCCUUUCUGUUUUACUGUGAUGUAAUACGACCAAUUGGAGCUAGCUAUUUGGUCAGAAGAGCACAAGUGCUUGACGAGGCCAGUUACUCUUAAUUUGUACGUGCCAUAUUUGUUCUGUAUCGGUCGUAAUGUCUUUCAACCAAAGCAAUAUGUGGAAAAAACAUGUCAGAAUAAAACUAUAUGAUAUGA